UCACAAGGCAAGCCAGGGUUCUGCAGUACGUCUGUGUGAAGUAGAGGUGGAGGAGAACAGGACUCUAGUUCUUUCUCUUGUGCAGGCUGAACACAUUCCUAUUUACAGGAGAGGGAACUCUUUACUAAAGGAGAUCCUGGAACUUGCCUAGAGCACCAACCCAAGAUCCAGGAUGAACUUUGCGGCCCAGUUUUUCUACGCAAACUACACGGGGGAGGGAACGCCACCUCGAAGGAGAUACAGUGACAACGAGGAGUACGAUCCCUUCUGGCAAAGUGAAGAGCAACGUUUAAGCAGCACCAAAAAGAAACACUCAACUCCUGAUGGGCAAUACCAUAAAGACGGCCCCAUCGCCAAUGGAGCUGUUGGCCGUCGACCUACCCUCAUUUGUCCAGAGCGUCUCAGAGACUUUGGUGCUGAGGAGUAUCUGAAUGGGGAUGUGAAGACAUUUGAGACCAGGGUUGUAGGAGGACCUGAGGUCCAACUAAUGGCUCCACCCAAACCUUCUGUCAAGAGGAGCAAGGAGUACAAGCCAUCAGCCAGACCUCCUGUGGAGUACCUCCGGUUUGAGGACAUCAGUACAGCGACAUUAAAAAUACAGCAAGCAGGAAUUCAGAAGACUCCCUGCACAUAUUCCAGACUCUCCAAACUAUACGGCAUGGAGAUUUACCUGAAGAAAGAACACCUCCACUACACAGGAUCUCUGAAGGAAAGAGGAGUUCUGUAUCUGCUCUCCACACUGAAACAGGAUCAGCAGAAGAAAGGUGUGAUCGUGGCCACAGACUGUAACUUCUCCAUGGCAGUGGCCUAUCAUGCAGUGGAGCUGAGGAUUCCAGUCUUUGUUAUAAUGCCUGCAUACAGCUCUCCUCCGCGGCUGCGCAUGUACCGGGACUAUGGCGCGAUGGUGAUCUCUUACGGCAGCACGGCACGUGACUCUCAGAACCAUGCUCGCCACCUGGCCAGGGAAAACGGCUACCUGUGCCUGGAGGAGGACGACAGUGCAGUAUACCUGGCAGGUCUGGGUACAGUAGGCAUUGAGAUCUAUGAGCAGGUGCCCAAGCUGGAUGCAGUCAUUGUGCCUGCUGGGGGACAGUGCGCAGUGCUGGCUGCCACUGCGGCCGCCAUCAAACAUCUCAAUCCUCGCAUCUCAGUCAUAGGUGUUGAACCAGAGGAGUUUCCUCUUCUGCUCCAGUCCUUUAAAACAGACUCUCCAAUCAAGGAUCUCUACUGCAACCCAAAUAGAAAACUCUAUGGAGAUUUGGUGCAGCACUCUUUGGGAACACACACUUUCAAGCUGGCCAAGAAACUGGUGGAUAAAGUAAUCUCUGUCAGAGAGGAGGACUCCUUGGUGGCCAUGCUGAGGUUUCAGGAGUAUGAGCACACAACUGUAGACACUGAAGGAGCCAUGGGAUUGGCGGCCAUCUUGGCUGGCCAGCUGCCAGAGCUAAAGGGUAAAAGGGUAGCUGUGCUAGUGAGCAGUGCUAACAUGGAGCUGGACCUGGUGAGGCAGUGUGUGGACAGAGCUCUGGUGUUGGACGACCGUGUCAGCCGUUUCACUGUUCAGCUGGGAGACUGGCCAGGAGACAUGGCUAAACUACUGGACAUGCUCGCCAGGGAGGAUGUCAGGCUGCUGGAUGUUUGCCACAGUCGGUACAGUGACAAAGCAGAACUCUUCAAAGCACAGGUUGAGUGUGUUGUGGAGACCAGGGAUAAGACUCAGAACUGCCAGCUCCGCCGGACGCUGUCUGACCGCUAUCCCACACUGCGCUGGCUGGACCGGUGAACUCAGCAAGACUACUGCCAUGUUGAUCUUGCACACACACAAACACACGCACACAGACACAUACACUUGUAUAACAUAUUGUACAUGCCUCCUACAGACAUACAUACAUACAUACACACACACACACUCAUACACAAACACUCACUGAUAAAGACUCAAUGAUACGAAGAAUGAACUCUUUGCUGUAAGAAAUUAAUGUUCAAUAUCUGUCAGUGUUUACUUACAGUUGUUUCAGUCAGUACAGUGAUAGAAACUGUAGAAAGGAGCAAAUUUAUUAAUUCCCCCUUUUGGAUAAUGAUUGAAUUCAAUAAAUCAUUCAAGCACUGCUCUGAUGUAUGGACUUUUUGGGAAGUAUUAAUACUAAUCAUUGACUGUUCCAUAUAUUGUAUUCAGUUGCAUUGGUACAAAAAUGUGUAUCAACAUUUAAAUCAAUUAGACAGUGUCAUAAUACUAUGCCAGUGAAUACUGACUGAUACAUUGGACCACUUGUAAAUAUGUGUUCAUAACAGUGUACGGUUGUUGUUGAACCUAGCUGUAGCUGUAGUAUUGAGAUAAUAUACUGUUUUAUUCUGAAA